UGGGCCCCCAGUCAUCCCCUCAAGGCACUUCCCAACAAAGAGAAACCUCUUCCCAUUCCCAGGAAAAUAAAAGUCCUUCUAUUUAAUUGACAAAGGAAGACUUCAGAAGCUUUCAGGUCCAGAAUCUUGGAGCCCCGGGAUCUUAGCCUUUGAGCUAGGAUGAUGCUUCAUACUGUAGGCCAGUCCUCUUAAGUCACAGGUGGAGAGAUCAGGCGUUCUGAGAUGAAGAAGUCUUGCUCAACAUCACGAGCACCGGUGGAGGCCAGGUCUCCAAGCUUCAGGGUGGAGCCAGCUCACAAAGUCUGGUGAAUUUGCUUUGCCUUUGAACCGAAGAGCCGCUCCCCUCUUUCCUAUUUACCUCCUCCCAAGAGCUUAGGUUGACAUCACCCCUGGCAGUUGUGUUGACAGGGGGAGGGCCCUGCAAGAAGCCCAAGGAAUCAGGCUGUCUGGUCCCAGACAGAAGCUGGGCCUCAGUUUCUCCCACAGUCUCUCCUUCCAAUUUCCAGCGUAGAUUUCCCACAGGCCUGAGAGGCAAAGCAGCAUGCCAACCCUAUCACCCCACCCCAACCCUCGGAAGUCUCAAACUGGAAAGUUCGCAGACUUUGAGGAGGCGGACAAGCUCAGGAAUGGUCCAACUAUAGGAGUUGAAUGAGCAAUUGCAAGAGGAGAGGGGUAGGUGAGUCAGGGUCCCUGGGCAUCCAGACCCGUCCAUGAGUUAUCCCGGUUACCCCUAUGGUCAAUCUGUCCAUAUUGGAGGAGAGGCCACUAUCUUCAUUUUGCUGCUCCUGUGACCAGGAGAUGAGCUGUUCUUCAAACCCAGGCCUACGUGGAUCUGAAGUUUCUCCCUCUGAUGUUCAGGGCUCCUCCCUGCAGCCGGAGCCCUCAGUGGGGCAGUGGGCCCCGUGCAGGGGGCGGAGGGUGUGGCGUGGUUGGGGGCAUGGCCCAGGGGAGGACCCUAGGCCCUACUCUUGUAGGUGCCUCUGGAGCCACACAGAAGAGAGCGCCACGGCCUCGGAACCUCCUCCUCGCACCCAGGAUGGGAGAAGCCGGCCCCAGACAGCCCCAGCACUGGGUCCCGGUCCCGGCUCUGCAACUUACUGCCAUGUACCUUGAAGGAGCCCUCUCUGAGCCUCCAUUUUCUCAUCGGAGGCUGCUGGGAGGUUGAGAACGGGAGACCACAGCUCCCAGCUGCUUUCCGCUCCCCCCUCCUCUCUUCUUGCCAGGCUUGUGACCUUUCUGGGCCUAAGUUUUUCCCACAGCCCCAGCUCCCAAAUCUGUGCUAGGAAAGCCUCUUGGCCGAGGCCACUCCCACGAUGGACACCCUCGAGGUGCAACCCAGGGCAAUUAGUGGGUGAUUAGGUGUCGCUGCCAGGGUGAGAAGGGCCACGCCUCCUCUAGGAUGCUGACUGUCCUGCCCAGCAGCACCCCGAGACCUGCCUCGUGAACUCGGGGCUGGCUGGCUGGCUGCUCCAACACGCCGAUCAGACGGUCCGCACACCCGCGCGCAGAGGAAGCAAGGGCAGGCCUGCCCCGGCAUGGCAGGGGUCAGAGUCACCGAGGUGGACUGGCACAGCCGGAAAAAUGGUGCUGCCCACCACACCCAGGAGUACCCCGGCCCUGAGCUGGUGGUUCGCAGGGGCCAGGUGUUCACCUUGCGGCUGGAGCUGAGCAGACCCCUGGAGGACCCGGAGACCAUCAUCUUCACCGUGGAGACAGGACCCCAGGCAUCUGAGGACUGCCACACCAAAGCUGUGUUCCAGAUAUCGGAGCCGGAUGUGGGCCAGAACUGGACAGUGGUGGAGGAGGCUCAGACGGAGAACACCAUGACCGUCAGCAUCACCAGCCCUCCCAACGCUGUCAUUGGCCGCUACCUGAUGAGGACCAGGGUCUCCUCUCGCCGAAAGCAAAAUGACCGGAAGCUGGGCGAAUUUGUUCUCCUUUUCAACCCGUGGUGCCCAGAGGACGACGUGUUUCUGGACUCAGAGGAGGAGAGACAGGAGUACGUGCUGAACGACAGUGGGAUCAUCUUCCGAGGCGUGGAGAAACACAUCCGAGCCCAGGGCUGGAACUACGGGCAGUUUGAGGAGGAGAUCCUGAACAUCUGCCUCUCCAUCCUGGACCGAAGUCCUCUUCACCAAAACGACCCAGCCACCGACGUGUCCCACCGCCACGACCCCAUCUAUGUAACCAGGGCAAUCAGCGCCAUGGUGAACAGCAACAAUGACAGGGGCGUUGUUCAAGGCCAGUGGCAGGGCAAGUACGGCGGCGGCACCAGCCCCCUGCACUGGAGCGGCAGCGUGGCCAUUCUGCACAAGUGGUUCAAGGGCAGGUUCAAGCCUGUCAAAUAUGGCCAGUGCUGGGUCUUCGCUGGAGUCAUGUGCACAGUCCUUAGAUGCCUGGGGAUCGCCACCCGAGUCGUGUCCAACUUUAACUCGGCCCAUGACACGGACAGGAACCUGAGCGUGGACAAAUACGUGGACUCCUUCGGGCGGACCUUGGAGGACCUGACAGAGGACAGCAUGUGGAAUUUCCACGUCUGGAAUGAGAGUUGGUUCGCCCGCCGGGACCUGGGCCCCUCUUACAAUGGUUGGCAGGUUCUGGACGCCACCCCCCAGGAGGAGAGUGAAGGCAUGUUCCGGUGCGGCCCAGCCUCCGUCACUGCCAUCCGAGAGGGCGACGUGCACCUGGCCCACGAUGGCCCCUUUGUGUUCGCGGAGGUCAACGCAGAUUACAUCACCUGGCUCUGGCACGAGGAUGAGAGCCGGGAGCGGGUGUACUCGGACACCAAGAAGAUUGGGAGUUGCAUUAGCACCAAGGCCGUGGGCAGUGACUCCCGCGUGGACAUCACGGGCCUCUACAAGUAUCCAGAAGGGUCCCGGAAGGAGAGGCAGGUGUACCGUAAGGCCGUGAGGAAGCUGUUCGGCGUGGAAGCCCCCAGGAGGAGGACCCGGGUCCGCAGGGCAGGCAGCCGUGGGCUGUGGCGCGAGGACCUCAUGGAGCCUGCCACCAAGCCCAGUGUCACCGGCAAGUUCAAGAUGCUGGAGCCACCCAUGCUGGGCCACGACCUGAGACUGGCUCUGUGCUUAGCUAACCUCACCUCCCGGGCCCAGAGGGUCCGGGUCAACCUGAGCGGUGCCACCAUCCUAUACACCCGCAGACCGGUGGCCGAGAUCCUGCACGAGUCCCACACGGUGCGACUGGGGCCCGAAGAAGAGAAAAAGAUUCCAAUCACAAUAUCUUACUCGCAAUAUAAGGAAGACCUGACAGAGGACAAGAAGAUCCUGUUGGCUGCCAUGUGCUUUGUCACCAAAGGAGAGAAGCUCCUGGUGGAGAAGGACAUUACUCUGGAGGACUUCAUCACCAUCAAGCGUGCCAAGCCUGGAGCCCCAGGAGAAGGCUUCCGUCCAGUUCAGCAUCACCCCGUCCAAGAGCGGCCCGAGGCAACUGCAGGUGGAUCUCAUCAGCCCCCACUUCCCAGACGUCAAGGGCUUUGUGGUCAUCCACGUGGCCACCGCCAAGUGACUGGCCACCACAAGGGGCUGACAGUGAAGGAGAUGGCCCACUUUCCCUUCUUGUCCACCUCUUUGUUUCUCUUGAGUGGGAGCCAGGAGGCCCAGGUUCCAGUUCUGCUUCUCUUCCUGCCUCACUUUGUGAAUUUGGGCAAGUCCCUUCUUUUCCUGGGCCUCAGUUUCACCAUCUGUGAAAUUAAGUGUUAGGCUCGGCAAGCCUUAAACUUUUGGACGACGAUGGAUGAUUUAGGGAGCCUCUUCCAUGUUCAUCGAUCACCCUCACCACUGGGAGGCUGACAGACCAAACAUCACAAUCACCGAGGCCCAUCCGGCUCAGCCAGCUCCUGCCCUGCCUGCUCACCAUCACCCUGGCCGACCCUUGGGCUCUCCUUGCUUCUCUCUCAGCUCCUCGGUGCUCUGACCGCAUCCAGACCCAAGAGUGUCCUCCCAACUCUGAAAAGGAUCCCAGAAGUGUUAGGGCUGGCACCAAAUCAUCCCUCAAUGCUCCCAUUUUACACAGAGGGAAGAGACUUGCCCAUAGCCACAGGGCGAGCUGGAGACAGCAUUGGGGUCUGUGCAUGCCAUUUACACCAUCUAAGUUUUACCCCAAAGUUGUGUUCUGAAAAUCAUCAGAUUUGAACCAAUGGGAGAUCUUCCCUCACUGAAGACCCAGGCCCAGCAUCCAAGAGUCCCCUGCUGCCUGGAAGAAGCUGAAAAUAGAAGAGCCUGAUUGAAUGGGAAAAUGAAGCCCCAGAUCUGAUCUCAUCAUGGUCGUCAGGGGUCUCCUUCCACCAGCCCAGGGUUUAUUCAUUUUUUGAGAAUGAGAACAACAGUAACUUUGUAGAACCCACCCCCCAGCAGCUUAUACUACACACAAGCACGUUCUCAGCAUCAGAACAGGACAGAGGCCUCUGGAACAAGGACUGGAGUGGAGAGCACCAGGACCUGAGGAUAACUGCACAUGUCGGUCAUGAGACUCAGCUCAGAAUGUUCUAGACAGCCAAAAGAAUUAUAAUGAACCAGAGAAUUUUAAGUAAUCUGCACCACAACAAAAUGGUUCAUCCGCGGUAGGACACUUGCUGAAUGCAAACUUAAGUGGGAAUAAUUGACGUAGAAAGUCUUUGCUAAAAGGAGGUCAGACAAAUACACCGACAUGUGUGGUGGGUGAUCCUUGUAACCAAGGCCCCCGUGAAGGCUUUUGUCUCACGAUUCUACACAGCAUGACGGCUUGGAGAACCAGAGGUGUAAAGGACCUGCUUUCCAAACCUGGGUUUGGGAUGCUGAUCCCGUCCAUAUAAGAGGGGCAGCUGGAGGUCCAGAGCAACAGCCACUUCCUCAGGGUUGAGCAUCAGGAAGGAGUACUGAAAGCUGACUACAACAGAGGGGAUCUCCCACUUUUUUUUUUAAAGAGUUUAUUUAUUCAUGAGAGACAAAGACGGAAGCAGAGGGAGAAGCAGACUCCCCACAGAGCAGGGAGCCCGAUGUGGGACUUGAUCCCAGGACCCUGGGCUCAUGACCUGAGCUGAAGGUUAAGCAGAUGCUUAGCCAACUAAGCCAGCCAAGCACCCGGGAUCUUAGUAAAAGGGAUGCUCCUUCCAGCAAGGAGACUAUCUUGGCCCCUUGCAGUGGCCCCAGACAUCUCAUCCUUCAAGCAAAUGCCAAUUGCCCACCUUCCUCAGACUUGGCUGUACCAGGUUGUGCCUCCCAGGAGGCUGACUCUGAGACAGAGCUUAGCAUGCAGGACACUUAGCGAGGAAUGAUCUGGGGGUCAACACAGUGGAAGGGAAGCAGGAUGGGCAGAGGGAGAAAUAGAGCCAUGAUGCAGGUCCAGUGACAGCCUGGGCCCACGCCAAGGGCAGCUCUGGAGCUAGCAUGGCCCAUGAGAUUUGUUCCAGGUUGGUCCAGGGUGUCCGGGCCUUUCUAUGCCUGCAUCUAUCACUGAUUUGCCCCAGAAGACAAGUGACGUGACUUUGAGCAAGAUAGCUCUCUACAGCGGAGGUCAUCCCUGAAGUUGUCUGUGGUCAGCACUCCCAGCAGUUGGGGGAACAAACCCUCCACUGAAGGAAAAGCUAGACAAUGUGUCUCCACCUGCGUUCUGUUCAACCCAAGGACAGAGCAGUGACAUUACAAAUUCCCUGUGCUCGUGAUUACCUUCCAGCUGAUGGAGACAGGCACUCAAUCACAACAUUUUAAAAGGUACGAAAAGUAAAAUGAGAAAUAAGAGUAAGCAAGUAAACAAAUCUGUGGAUAAGCUGAUUGCAGUUAGUGAUGUGUGCCAAAGAGAAAAUAAAACCCAAUGUCACCUCUCCCAGAGUUGCAGGGGAUAGGAUAGCACCACUUCCCAUGGUGGCAUCAGAGAAAGAGUCUCUGGGGAAGUGACAUCUGAGCUCAAAUUUUAAUAGUAACAACAAAAAAAAAAAAGAUGAAAAAUUAAAUGAGUGUGCUUACUACAUGCCAGAAACUGUUUCACGUGCUUUAUAUAUAUUAAUUAUUUAAUCUCAUAACAACUCCAAGAAGUACAUACUAUUAUCUUCAUCUUCAACUUACCUUGUGGCACAGCCAUGGCUGGGCACCUUGACUCAGACAAGGCCUAUGCUCUCUCCUGAUAUUUGGAUGCAGGGAAUGUUCAGAAGACAUCACAGAUGGUGGAGAUGGUGGAGUCCCAUGCAGUGCCCUAGCCAGGUCAUUUCUGCUAUGACAUGGUCGUCGCAUGUUCUAGUUACCUAUCACUGUGUAACAAACCAACCCAUAACUUAAAAUUUAAAAUAAUCACAAUACUUAUUUUGUGAAUGAAUCUGCAAUUUGGUCAGGGCUUGGUAGGCAUAGCUCAUCUCUGCUUGACUUAAUGGAGCUGGGACAGUGGAAAGGCUGGGUCAGGAUUGUCUGAAGGCUUAUCCACUCACAUACAUCUCUGGUGGUGGAUGCUGGCUGUUGGCCGAGCACCAAGCUGGGCUGUCAGCUGGAACACCUACCCAUGGUCUCUCCACAUGGUCUGGGCUUCCUUACAACAUGGUGGCUGUGGUACAAGGGCAAGCAUCGAGAGAGAGAGAGAGAGAGAGAGAGAGAGAGUCUCAGAUAGACACCAUAUUGCCUUUAUGUUUUAGGAUUGGAAGUCAUCCAGGGCCACUUCUACCACAUUCUAGUCAUCAAAAUGGUUACAAAGUUCCUCCAAGUUUCUUUCUUUUUUUUUAAGAUUGUAUUUAUUCAUGAGAGACACAGAGAGAGAGAGGCAGAGGGAGAAGCAGGUUCCAUGCAAAGGAGCCUGAUAUGGGACUCCAUCUCGGGACUUCGGGAUCACGCCCUGAGCCGAAGGCAGACACCCAACCACUGAGCCACCCAGGCAUCCGGUUCCUCUAAGUUUCAAAAGGAAACAGACCCAAUUCAUCAUAAAAAGUGGAAAGAUUUUGGAAGAGCUUGUAGGACUAGAAAUAUUGCCAUAGAUACAUUUGGAAAUAUACAAUCUGCCAUGCUGUUUCCUGCUGCCUGCUUCUUGACCCUCUGAAGACUCGGAAUCCCAUAUUUCCCUAUGUCUGGUCUAUCUCUUACUAUCCUCUCCAAUUUGCAUUUAAUUUCUACACCAUCCCCUUUGCUUAAGCCAACAAGAAUCAGUUUCUUCUGCUUGCAGCCAAGGAGUCUGACUCGUGGAAAUGAGCUUAGUUUGUCCCAGGAACAAAGUGAAGGCCAAUGUGUCCAAAGUGUCCUGUGGUUCACUACCUUCUCCUUGAUAUUGGUCAGCAGUCCUAACCUUCAGUCUCUAGAUGGUAACCAACAAGGGGGAUUCAGAGGCCAGCACCUUGGCCCUGACUCCUCCAAUAGCUUUCUGUUCAUGUUAUCUUUGCCAAUGCUGCAGCCCUAAAGGGGUGUCUCCUCAAAAGAUCCCUGGCCUCCUCUUCAUUGGUGAGGUUCAGUGGUUUCUAGGACUAUUUCUUAAAUUAUGCAGGCAAGGCAGAAAGGUGGCUGUGGUAAUUAGUGGUGGUGCUUGAAUCAGCCAAGGUUCUCCAGAGAAACAGAACCAAUAGGAGUAUAUAUUGGACUUGUCAGCCUCCAUAAUCACAUGAGCCAAUUCUUUAAUCAACUAUAUCUCUAUGGACUAUCAAUGAACAAUCCAAACCAAAUUACAUUUACACAUAUAAUCAGUCAAAAAAGUACAAAAUACUCAGAUGUCAAUCUAACAAAACAUACAGAUUUACACACUAAAAACCAAAAAAAAACACUGAUGAGAGAAAUCAAAGAAGAUCUAAAUAAAUGGAGAGACAUCUCUUGGUCAUGGAUUGGAAGAUUCCCUAAAGAUAAGAAGUCAAUUAUCUCCCCAAAUUGUUAUAUAGGCUUAAUGCAAUUCUUACCAAAAUCUCAUCAAGAAAAUUUGAUAAAUUGGACUUCAUCACAAUUCAAAACUUUUGCAUCCGCGAAAGAACCUGUUAAAACAAUGAAAGACAAGCUCCAUACUGGGGGAAAAAAUGUUUGCAAACCACGUAUCUGACAAGAACUAGAAUCCAGAAUAUAUAAAGAACUCUCAAAAUCCAACAGUAAAAAACAAUCUAAAAAAUGGGCAAACGACAUAAGCUCUUCACCAAAGAGGGUAUACAGAAAUAAAAUAAAAUAAAAUAAAAUAAAAUAAAAUAAAAUAAAAUAAAAUAAAAAAUAACAUGAGGGCAGCCCAGGUGGCGCAGCGGUUUAGCACCGCCUGCAGCCGAGGGCGUGAUCCUGGAGACCCUGGAUCGAGUCCCACGUCAGGCUCUCUGCAUGGAGCCUGCUUCUCCCUCUGCCUGUGUCUCUGCCUCUCUCUCUCUCUCUCUCUGUGUGUGUGUCUCUAUGAAUAAAUAAAUAAAAUAUUUAAAAAAAUAACAUGAAAGGCCAUUCAGUAUUAUUAGCCAUUAGGGAAAUGCAAAUUAAAACCACGAUGAGAUAUCACUAUAUAGCAACAAAACCAGCUAACGUUAAAAACCAGUGAUGAUGCCAAAUGCUGGCACAUGCUCUCUUAACUUGCCGGAAUAAAUGUAAAAUGUUACAGUCACUGUGGAAAAUAGUUGGGCAGUUUCUUGAAAAAAGAAACAAACAAGCCACUAAGAUACAAGCAACGAGUUGCACUCCUGGGCGUUUACUCCAGGAAAUGAAAUUCAUGUGCACACAAGCACCUGUGCAUGGAUGUUUAGCAGCUUUAUUUGUAGCAGCCUCAAACUGGAAACAGCUAAUUCAACUGUGGUCCAUCCAUAGCAUGGAAUUCUACUCAGCAAUAAUAAGGAAUGGGCUAUGGAUACCUGCAACUCCUGGAGGAGUCCCCAUAGAAUUAUGCCAAGUAAUAAAAGCCAGUUCCAACAGGUGACAUACUAUAUGAUUUCCUUUCUGUGACAUUCUUGAAAUGACAAAAAUUCUAGAAACAGAGAACAGAUUCGUGGUUGCCUAAGGUUAACGAAGACUGAGGAUGAGAGUCAGUGUGGGUAUAAUGGGGCAAGGCAAGCACUUUGUGAUGGAAUGUUGUCUCCCUUGACUGUACCAAGGGCAGUAUCCUGGUUGGGACACUGUUACUAUAGUUCUGCAAGCUGUUACCUUUGGGGCAAAGUAGCUAAAAAGUACCUGGGAUCUUUCUGUUGUUUCUUAUGACUGCAUGUGAACUAUUGUUAUCUCCAAAUAAAAGGUUUAAUUUUAAAAAU